AUGCAAUUGAGCUUUUUUUCAUAUACAGCUUGUACUAGUAUAAAUUCAGGAUGGAAUGAUAAUAAUUGUUUUAUCUGCGCAACUACUACUGUUCCUCCAACUUAUGCUAUUUAUGCUAAUGGUGAUGAUACUUCUUGUGUUGCUUCUUCUGAUUCAUGCACCGAUGCAAAAAGAAAUAUGGAUUUGACUGUUGGUGAUUGCACCCUUUGUACUCCUAAUACCCCUGCAUUGAUUGGUGCUACAUGUACAGCUUGUACUAGUAUAACUUCAGCAUGGACUGAUGCAAAUUGUAAUGCUUGUGCAGCAGGUGGCAGUGCAGUUUUUGCGAAUACUGCUGGUUCUUCUUGUGUAGCUUCUUCAUUUUCAGGCAACCAAACUACCAGAAGUACAAACAAGUGGAAUGAUACUGACUGUGAUUUCUGCAAUGGUACUACUGCUAAUGCUGCUCAAUAUGCCUCUGCUGAUAGUUCUUUGUGUGUUGCUGCUUCAGCUUCAUGCACCACCAGAGGAAGUGCUGCUUGGACCAUUGGUGAUUGCACCCUUUGUACUCCUAAUACCCCUGCAUUGAUAUGUUUUACAUGUACAGCUUGUACUAGUAUAACUUCAGCAUGGACUGAUGCAAAUUUUAAUGCAUGUGCAAUAAUUUCCAAAGCUAAAACUAAUUUUGCUAAUACUGCUGGUUCUUCUUGUGUAGGUGCUUCAUAUUCAUGCAACCAGACUACCAGAAGUACAAAUAAAUGGACUGAUACUGACUGUGGUAUCUGCAAUGGUACUACUGCUAAUGCUGACCAAUAUGCCUCUGCUGAUGGUUCUAAAUGUCAAGUUACAAAGGCUGUUAGUAAUGCUAAUACUGCUAGUACUUUCAGUAGUUAGAUCUUUGUUAGCAUUUUAUUAGUUUUAUCUACUUUUUUAAUUUGA